AUGCCCACAAUCCUCCCAACAUGGCCUCACGUCCUCUUUGGAAUCAUUGAGCCUCUUUCCCUAGUCCUCGGCAGCCUCGCCCCGCUCUACAACCUUGAGAGCUUCGUUGCCGACCAAACACCACACGUGGACCCGCCCAUCUCGCACCCUAGUACCGUAGCCCUCGCCUACCAGAUCGGGAAUCUCUAUUCCCUGCUCUUCAUGGUCGGCGUCGCCGUUCUGCAUACUAGCACCGAACCCAAGGUCAUCCGGAACUACUUCAUUGGGCUAGCCAUCGCCGACGUUGGUCAUGUCUACGCCACAUACCUGGGGAUGGGCUGGAGCGCGUUUAGCGACGUGGGAUCUUGGAACGCCCUGACGUGGGGAAACAUUGGCGCCACCGCCUUUCUGUUCUUCAACCGACUGGCCUACUUCGCCGGCGUUUUUGGAUCGCCCAAGGCGCUGAAGGUCGCGUCCAAGAAAGAAUGA